UGCUCAAGUUCAAGAGAUGAAAUCAUACGCCGCUAUAUUUGCCGUAUUCAUUAUAGCAUGCACGCAGAAUCCUUCAGUGCUAGUGAACGGUGACGUUGGUGACGACUGCAGGUAUGAGAAGACGAAAUCGCCUGGAGUCUGCAAACUGGUUUUCGACUGCCAAGAGGCCAUCGCAGACAUCACGCAGGGAGUUCCUCUGACGCAGUGUGGCUGGCAAGGCUUCGUGCAGAUCGUCUGCUGUCCCAAACCCGCGAGCCAAGCCGCGACCACUCAGAAGCCGCCAACGCAGCCUGUGCAAAACACACCAACUGAUGUUGGUUCUGCUAAUUUGCGCAAGAGUGAAGCAAAAUGCAGAGAAUACGCGCGAUUUGUGUUCGAAAACGUCGAAUCAGAAGUGAGUCUUCCUGGACGAGAACCAGAGAUCGUCAAAACAGACACGUGUGGCUUCAAAGUCAUCCCGUUGAUUGUUGGCGGUGAGAACGCGACCGAACGUGAAUUCCCUCACAUGGCCCUCGUCGGAUAUGGAGACAAUAUCAAUUCCCUGAAUUGGAACUGCGGUGGAAGUCUGAUAAGUGAAAACUUCGUCCUCACAGCAGCUCAUUGUGUCUUCUCUCGAGAAUUUGGUUAUGCGACUUACGUUCGCCUCGGAGAGCUGAAUUACGCUAUCAAUACUGACAAGGCGCAGCCGGUGGACAUAGCGAUUAAGGACCGCAUCAAGCAUCCCAAGUACACAGUGAGGUACAACUAUCACGACAUCGCCCUGUUCAGACUGCAGAAAUCUGCCACAUUCAAUCGAUAUGUGCGCCCAAUUUGCCUGAGCGACCGGAGGAACAUCAAGGAGAAGAAGGCCAUCGCCUCUGGCUGGGGCUACAAGGAAUUCUCGGGCGAGAAGAGCAGUGCUCUGCAGAAAGUAAUUCUGGAGUUCUUCAGCCAGUCGGAAUGCUUCUCGUUAUACUCGAGUCCGCCGUCCAUCGAGCUGAAUAAGGGAAUCGAAGAGGCCUCUCAAUUGUGUGCCGGAUCGCACACGGAGGAAAAGGAUACGUGCAAUGGCGACUCUGGAGGACCGCUUCAGGUAUACAAUUUGGACGUCUACUGCAUGUACACAAUCGUUGGACUCACGUCUUUCGGCAAGGGCUGCGGCUUCAUCGGUACACCCACAGUUUACACGAGGGUCGCCAAUUACAUCGAUUGGAUUGAGAAUAUCGUUUGGACAUUCAACACUCAGUCAUCUUCCGACACUUCGUUACAUCGCAUCGCAACGCAUCAAUUGAUCAUUUUGACAGUGCACAAUAAUUGCUUUCCGACGCUUUCCCACGUGUUGGCGAAUUUACAUUUUACAGCCGUGAGACUUGUGCCACAGAAAAUGCAUAAAUUCAAAUUGAUUUCCUGUGGAUUGAAUAUUCUAUUGCUCAUUAGUGUGUUCAACAAUUACUGUGUCAGUGCUCAAAGUGAUUGUUCCGUUGGAGAAUCUUGUACUCACAAAACGACGAAUGAACGCGGAGUGGCGAAACGCGUCUUCGACUGUCCGUCAGCAAUUGAGGAUCUGAAGAAUGGCAAAACGCCUUCGGGAUGCGGAUUUGAGAGUCUCACCCAGAUUGUCUGCUGUCCAGCGGAUCAGCCUGCUCAGCUUCCUGUCGAACCGGUAGCAAUCCCAGACAGAGUUUCAAUCCCCAACAGAAACGAAAGAGUCGCCUUGAGAAAGUGCAGAGAAUACGGCGAGUACGCGUUUGAGAAUGUCACGAUUGAAGUGUCUCUUCCCGGCUCUCCUGACAUCGUGCGAAGGGUCAACAAGUGCGGCUUCAGUGUGAUUCCCUUGAUCGUGGGCGGAACGCUGGCGGGAGCGCGCGAGUUUCCGCACAUGGCGCUCAUUGGAUUCGAAGACAAUCCGAUUUUGUGGAAAUGCGGCGGAACGCUCAUCAGCGAGAAAUUUGUCCUCACAGCCGGGCAUUGUCUCAGCUCUCAGGAUUAUGGACCAGCCAAAUGGAUUCGAGUGGGUGAUCUGAAUUACGAAUCCGAAGAAGACGACGCGCGGCCAGAGAAUGUGAGAAUCAAACGACCAAUUCCAUUCCCAACGUACGUGAGACGAACACAGUACAACGAUCUUGCUCUGCUUGAGCUUGAGCGCGCCGUGAAGCUCAGCCCGUACGUUCGACCCGCUUGUCUCUACACCGAAUACAAAACAAACACGGAAAAGGCCAUCGCGACCGGAUGGGGAAGAGUCGAAUGGGCGGGAGACACGAGCAGCAAUCUCUUGAAAGUGACUCUGGAGCUUUUCACUCAUCGGGAAUGCAACACUUCCUUCCAGUACGACAUCAACAGGAAGCUCAGCAAGGGAAUUGUGGACGAGUCGCAGCUCUGCGCAGGAUCGCACAGUGAAGAGAAAGACACAUGCGAAGGCGACUCCGGAGGACCGCUUCAGAUCUACAACAACGACGUCUUCUGCAUGUACAACGUAAUUGGCGUGACAUCGUUCGGCAAAGGCUGUGGCGCAGUGAACCAGCCCGGAGUGUACACACGAGUCUCCAACUACAUUGACUGGAUCGAGCAGCAAGUGUGGCCCAACCAGUGAAGCCUGCCGUCAAUUAGCACUAGUGUUGUGAUAGAAUUCAUAAAUGAUUUCACUCAA